CUAGCCCAGCCUGGCCCGGCCCAAGCGCCGAGCCUAGGCGGUCCACUCCCCGCGCCCCAGAGGAGCCGUCAGCGCGGCGCCCGGCCCAGUCACCAGCCCGGCAGGCCCGCCCGCAUCCCUGCCCGGCCCCGGGCUCCCAGCCCCUCCCCGCCCCGGGGCCGGGGCCCCUGCAGCCUCCAGGUCCCCGCGCCCCGGCCCCGGCCCCCCCGGGCCAUGCGGCCUCGGCCCCGCCGGCGCCCACCGCGCACCUGAGGAGAUGAGGCUCCGCAAUGGCGCCUUCCUGACGCUGCUGCUCUUCUGCCUGUGCGCCUUCCUCUCGCUCUCCUGGUACGCGGCGCUCAGCGGCCAGAAAGGCGAUGUGGUGGACGUGUACCAGCGGGAGUUUCUGGCGCUGCGUGACCGGUUGCAUGCAGCUGAGCAGGAGAGCCUCAAGCGCUCCAAGGAGCUCAACCUGGUGCUGGACGAGAUCAAGAGGGCUGUGUCGGAGAGACAAGCGCUGCGAGACGGAGACAGCAAUCGCACCUGGGGCCGCCUAACCGAGGAUCCACGCCUGAAGCCGUGGAACGUCUCGCACAAGCACGUGCUGCACCUACCCACUGUCUUCCACCACCUGCCACACCUGCUAGCCAAGGAAAGCAGCCUGCAGCCCGCCGUGCGCGUGGGCCAGGGCCGCACCGGAGAGCUAAGCCCACAGGAGAAAGAGGACUCGGUCAUCGUGGUGCUGAUCGCUGAGACUGACCCACAGUAUACCUCGCUGGUGACGGAGAAUAUCAAGGCCUUGUUCCCUACAGAGAUCCAUUCUGGGCUCCUAGAGGUCAUCUCCCCUUCUCCCCACUUCUACCCUGACUUCUCCCGCCUCCGAGAGUCCUUUGGGGACCCCAAGGAGAGAGUCAGGUGGAGGACCAAACAGAACCUUGAUUACUGCUUCCUCAUGAUGUAUGCGCAGUCCAAAGGCAUUUACUACGUGCAGCUGGAGGAUGACAUCAUAGCCAAGCCCAACUACCUGAGCACCAUGAAGAACUUCGCACUCCAGCAGCCCUCGGAGGACUGGAUGAUCCUGGAGUUCUCCCAGCUGGGCUUCAUCGGGAAGAUGUUCAAGUCACUGGACUUGAGCGUCAUUGUGGAGUUCAUCCUCAUGUUCUACCGGGACAAGCCCAUCGACUGGCUCCUGGACCAUAUUCUGUGGGUGAAGGUCUGCAAUCCUGAGAAGGAUGCGAAGCACUGUGACCGGCAGAAGGCCAACCUGCGGAUCCGCUUCAAGCCAUCCCUCUUCCAGCACGUGGGCACUCACUCCUCACUGGCGGGCAAGAUCCAGAAACUGAAGGACAAGGACUUUGGGAAGCAGGCACUGCGGAAGGAGCAUGUGAACCCGCCAGCAGAAGUGAGCACAAGCCUCAAGACAUACCAGCACUUCACCCUGGAGAAGGCCUACCUGCGCGAGGAUUUCUUCUGGGCCUUCACGCCCGCUGCAGGGGACUUCAUCCGCUUCCGCUUCUUCCAGCCACUGCGACUGGAGCGGUUCUUCUUCCGAAGUGGGAACAUUGAGCACCCGGAGGACAAGCUCUUCAACACAUCUGUGGAGGUGCUGCCCUUUGAUAACCCCCAGUCAGACAAGGAGGCCCUGCAGGAGGGCCGUUCAGCCACUCUCCAGUACCCUCGGAGCUCUGAUGGCUACCUGCAGAUCGGCUCUUUCUACAAGGGUGUGGCACAGGGAGAAGUGGACCCAGCCUUUGGCCCCCUGGAAGCACUGCGCCUCUCCAUCCAGACAGACUCGCCGGUGUGGGUCAUUCUGAGUGAGAUCUUCCUGAAAAAGGCUGACUAAGCCAAGGGCUUCUGAGGGUGCGUUUUGGCUGGCCCUGAAGCCCACGAGGCCUGGGAUGUCGUCGCCGCUGCCCCCGGAGGGCCAGGCGCGGCCACCCCAGUCUGAGGGGUUCUGCCUGGCACCCCACUCCACUGGCCUGGGGUGGCCGCUGGCCCGGAGGCCCCAGGAACUGGUGCUGCCCCGCCCGCCGGCCGCGGGGAAGAGGCAGGAGGCCCCCACACUGUGCCUGAGGCCGGUCCGCGCCGCCCGGAACCGUUCGCACCCUGGCCCCCUUGAGCCAGGCCUUUAUAGAAGAGCCUUUUCCUGGGCGCCCACUGUCUCCGCGCGAACACUGGAAUGCAUAUACUACUUUAUGUGCUGUGUUUUUUAUUCUUGGAUACAUUUGAUUUUUUUCACGUUAAGUCCACAUAUACUUCUAUAAGAGCGCUCCUUGUAAUAAAGGGUUAAUGAAG